GUGUUUAGUGAAAGCAAUUCAAAUAAACGAGCUCAAUUAACAGAUUCAGACCAAUUGGGCCUAAAUAUAACAUUAGAUAGUCAAAUUCUAACUAAAACUGCUAUAAAUUCUAUGAAAGUGCAAAAAAAAGAUAUCCAAACAGAUAAGCUUGAUAUCACUUUAAUAUACAAUAGUUGGAAAAAUGUUAAAAAAGAAAGUUUAUUAGGAAUUGCAUUAAUUAAUUCAAAAGAAAAAACAUUAAUUUGGGGUGCAGAAGAUAUUUCCAGAAAGUGUACAAGAUGGCCUGAAAUUGUAAAAAUAACUAAUAACCUUUUUAUAAAACUUGUAGAUGAUAAUAUUAAAAAGAAGCAAUUAAGAUUGUAA